GUGUACUGAACACGUACGAGGGCGAGUGGACGGAAGAGGGUGGUCGGUGACUCAUAGCAGGUAUAAAAGCACAGGGAGAGGUUGUGGAAGGCGUUGACACUCGCUAGGCCAGCAUCAGGCACAAUGCCUUGGAUAUCAGAAGUCCUUCCGGAAAAUCCGAAACCACCAACCAGAAGCAAAGAUAAGCAAACAGUGGCCGGUACACUUGGGAGAGUCAUCAAGUUGAAGGCCAAUUACUAUCCCAUAACUGUCAAGUCAUGGGAUAAACACUUAUUCCAUUAUGAUGUAGUCAUUGAGGAACCAAACCGUGGGGAAAUGGAUAUUCCUAAGAAAAAGAAGUUAAUGAUUUUUGAUGGCCUAAAGAUGAGAUAUCCGCAGUUCUUCAAGGAAUACAAUUUAGCAUAUGAUGGCAUGAAGUCUGCAGUUGGCCUUGGAAAAAUUCCAGAGCUUAGUGAUGGUCGUGCGCAUCAGGUCCAUAUUUCUGGUGAUAGUGGCAAGAAGAGUAGAUACAUUUUGAAGCUGAGAAUUGUGAAUACUCAUAGUCUUAAGGACCUGGAGGUAGCACUCAAGAAGUGCAGCCGUGCAGAAUGUGUAGAAUUGCCAUCUACGAUAUUUCAGAUGUUAGGAAUAAUGUUUCAGAGGCCAAGUACUCAUUUUUCAUGCGUUGGGCAAAAUAGUUUUUUCCCCCUGGAUGGCGAGCUGGGACCCUCGCAUGACAUUGGAGGCGGCAAGGAGAUUAAACCCGGCUUUUUUGGUUCAAUAAGACCCUCUGGGUGGAAACACUGUCCCCUUCUUUUGAACCUUGAUG